GAAAAAGCACAAAUAAAUAUCAAAAUAUUUUACUUAUAUUUUUUAAAGAGAGAAACAUUUCUCUUUAAAUUCUCCUCUGUUUUCUCUCAUUCCUUGUCAUCUUCCUCAAUUUUCUCUCAAUUUAAUGUCCGAUUAUCGGAAAAUUAGGGUUAGGGUUACAGAUUCGUACACCAUACUAUCCUUCUAUCUAUCAAUUUAAUUCCAACAACUUUCGAUAAUUUCAAUAAAUGUCCUUAUAUCUAGAAUUUAAUUGAAAUUUUAAUUAUAUAUAAAAAAAAGAAUAAUCAUGAUAGGAGCAGCGACGUCGAAAACAUCUAUUUCUCCAUUUAUUCUUCGAAGAUUUGCUUCCACACUUUCUCCCUCUUCAUCGACAGCUUCUUCUCCUUCUUCUAGAAUAUUUUCUGCUUAUAGAUAUCAACCUGGUUUAGGUCACCUUUCAUUGGGUUUUUCAUCGGGUCUUCGAUCGAUCUGCUGUUCGAAUUCUAGGUGGAGUUACGGUUCGGAUUGGCGAUCUAGGGUUUCUGUUCGAUCGCAGAUUGCUACUUCUUCUACUCCUCUUGUCGAACGAUUUCAUCGCCAGAUUGCUACUAUGGCAUCUGAACAUCCUUACAAGGGAAUUUUCACAAGCUUACCUAAGCCUGGUGGUGGCGAAUUCGGAAAGUUUUACAGCUUACCAGCUCUCAAUGAUCCAAGAAUUGACAAGCUGCCUUACUCGAUUCGGAUUCUUUUGGAGUCCGCCAUUAGGAACUGUGAUGGAUUCCAAGUGACUAAAGAUGACGUUGAGAAGAUUAUGGACUGGGAAAACUCAGCACCUAAACUUGUUGAGAUUCCAUUUAAGCCUGCUCGAGUCCUCUUACAGGAUUUUACCGGUGUGCCCGCUGUGGUUGAUUUGGCUGCUAUGAGGGAUGCCAUGAAGAACCUUAACAAUGACCCUAACAAGAUUAAUCCUUUGGUUCCUGUGGACCUUGUCAUUGAUCAUUCUGUUCAAGUGGAUGUAGCAAGGUCUGAGAAUGCAGUUCAAGCAAACAUGGAGCUUGAGUUUAAAAGGAAUGGGGAGAGAUUUGGUUUCCUUAAAUGGGGAUCAACUGCUUUCCGUAACAUGCUUGUUGUUCCACCUGGCUCUGGUAUUGUACACCAGGUCAAUCUGGAGUACCUUGGCCGGGUUGUUUUUAACACUUCUGGAGUACUUUAUCCAGAUAGUGUAGUGGGUACUGACUCACACACAACAAUGAUUGAUGGUCUUGGGGUUGCUGGUUGGGGAGUUGGAGGAAUAGAAGCUGAGGCAGCUAUGCUUGGUCAGCCCAUGAGCAUGGUUUUGCCUGGUGUUGUUGGAUUCAAGAUGACCGGAAAAUUGCGUGAUGGUGUCACAGCUACAGACUUAGUGUUGACAGCCACUCAAAUGCUGAGGAAGCAUGGUGUCGUUGGCAAGUUCGUUGAGUUUCAUGGUGAGGGAGUGGGUCAGUUAUCACUUGCUGACAGAGCUACUAUUGCAAAUAUGUCUCCUGAAUAUGGAGCAACCAUGGGUUUCUUCCCUGUGGACCAUGUUACCUUGGAUUACUUAAAAUUGACUGGAAGAAGCGAUGAAACAGUUUCUAUGAUUGAGCAAUAUUUACGUGCAAACAAAAUGUUUGUUGACUACAAUGAGCCUCAACAAGAACGAGUGUACACAUCAUACUUAGAGCUAGAUUUGGCAGAUGUCGAGCCAUGCAUAUCAGGGCCGAAAAGGCCACAUGACCGUGUUCCCUUGAAGGAUAUGAAGGUGGAUUGGCAUGCAUGCCUUGAUAACAAAGUUGGUUUUAAGGGUUUUGCUAUUCCAAAAGAAGAGCAGGGUAAAGUUGCAAAGUUUUCAUUCCAUGGUCAGCCUGCUGAAUUGAAGCAUGGUAGUGUUGUCAUAGCAGCUAUAACAAGUUGCACGAACACAUCAAACCCUAGUGUUAUGCUGGGUGCUGCUUUGGUUGCAAAGAAAGCAUGUGAAUUGGGUUUGGAGGUCAAGCCUUGGGUUAAAACCAGUCUGGCUCCUGGUUCUGGUGUAGUUACAAAAUACCUGCAAAAGAGUGGUCUGCAGAAGUAUUUUGAUCAACAAGGUUUCCACAUUGUUGGUUAUGGUUGCACAACUUGUAUUGGAAACUCUGGUGAUUUAGAUGAAUCUGUUUCAGCAGCUAUUUCUGAGAAUGAUAUUGUUGCGGCAGCUGUGCUUUCUGGUAACCGUAAUUUUGAAGGGCGUGUUCACCCUCUGACAAGAGCCAACUAUCUUGCCUCCCCUCCACUAGUUGUUGCAUAUGCAUUGGCUGGCACAGUUGACAUUGACUUUGAGAAAGAGCCUAUUGGUAUCGGAAAGGAUGGCAAAAGUGUGUAUUUCAGAGAUAUCUGGCCUAGCAAUGAAGAGAUAGCUGAGGUUGUCCAAUCAAGUGUGUUGCCCGACAUGUUCAAGAGUACUUAUGAGGCAAUUACCAAGGGAAAUCCCAUGUGGAAUUCUCUUGAAGUUCCUGCUGGUACCCUUUACCAAUGGGAUCCUAAGUCAACCUAUAUUCACGAACCCCCAUAUUUCAAAAAUAUGGGUUUGAACCCACCUGGUCCUUUUGGAGUCAAGGAUGCAUACUGUCUUCUCAACUUUGGUGACAGUAUCACCACUGACCACAUUUCUCCAGCUGGAAGCAUCCACAAAGAUAGUCCUGCAGCCAAGUUUCUCAUGGAACGUGGGGUCGACCGCAAGGACUUCAACUCAUACGGUAGCCGAAGGGGUAACGAUGAAGUAAUGGCUAGGGGUACCUUUGCAAAUAUCCGCAUUGUCAACAAGCUUUUGAAUGGAGAAGUUGGCCCAAAGACUGUUCACAUCCCAACCGGGGAGAAGUUGUAUGUUUUCGAUGCUGCAAUGAAAUACAAAGAGGCUGGUCACCAGACAAUUGUUCUGGCUGGUGCUGAAUAUGGUAGUGGUAGUUCCAGGGAUUGGGCUGCGAAAGGACCAAUGUUACAGGGUGUGAAAGCUGUGAUUGCCAAGAGUUUUGAGAGGAUUCAUCGUAGCAACCUUGUGGGUAUGGGAGUCAUUCCUCUUUGCUUCAAGGCUGGUGAAGAUGCAGACACUUUGGGAUUGACUGGUCACGAGCGAUACACCAUUGACCUUCCCUCUUCAGUUAGUGAGAUCAGACCGGGACAAGAUGUCACAGUAACCACCGACAACGGAAAGUCCUUUACCUGCACCCUGCGCUUCGACACUGAGGUGGAGCUUGCUUACUUCGACCAUGGUGGUAUCCUUCCAUACGUCAUUCGCCAAUUGAUGAAGCAAUAAUUGGCUUAGUUUCGUAAAUCAUCCUUUUUGUUCGUUUAUUUCAUUGAAAUUAUAGUUGACAUUGGUUAUAUAAGUUAUGAAUUUUUCAGUGUGAUGAAUUUUUACAAUGGGCUACAAGUUUUCUUCAAAUGUAGUCUGAGCUAGAGAAUUCUAAUAACGAGAUCGGAUAUACAAAACUUGAUCUAUAUCCCUUGAGGCCUUGAAAGGUUGAAGGGUUUGGUUAAUAAAUAUUUAUUAUUUUCCGGAAUG